UCGCAACUACUCAGCUGGGAGCGAUUUUUUUUUUUUUCCCUUUGAUUUCUUUUUGAAAAGGCAGAGUACCAUGGGAAAGGCUAUGGAGAAGUCGUUGCUAUUGCAUGUGAUGUUUCUGUGGGUAAAUUUGCUCUUGUGGACAGUUAGUGGCAGACUUGGAAAGUCGGUAGAAAAUGCCGAAGCAGAAAUCUCAGCAGUCGGUGAUCCAGGAAUGAAAAGAGAUGGGUUGAGAGUGGCCUUUGAAGCUUGGAACUUCUGCAAUGAAGUCGGCUAUGAAGCUCCUGGCAUGGGGAGUCCCAGAGCUGCGGAUUGUUUUGAUGUUGUUAAUUCAACUCUGAUACACAAGGUGUCAGAGGCUGAUAACAGACUUUCGGUAGGCCAACCAUUCAAAGGAUUGAGUCCUGAAGCACUGAACAGCCCAGAUCUUUAUGCAGUUGAGAAGGAGCUGUAUUUGGGUUCUUUAUGUGAAGUUUCAGAAAACGGUUCAGAGCCAUGGCAAUAUUGGAUGGUUAUGCUAAAAAAUGGCAACAUGGACACAAGGACCGGUUUGUGUCCUGAAGAUGGGAAAGUGGUACCUCCUUUUACUACAGAUAGGUUUCCUUGCUUUGGAGAAGGGUGCAUGAAUCAGCCCACUUUUAAUCAUCAACCGACAGAACUCUUAGCUGAUGGUACAAUGAGAGGAUGGUUCAAUGGAACUUAUGAUUUGGAUGCUAAUACUGUGAGCGGACUUGGUGAAAAUAUCUCCUAUUAUGAGGUGAUUUGGGAGAAGAAACUUGGUUCUGGAAGUUGGGUCUUUAAGCAUAAGGUCAGGACUACAAAGAAGUAUCCAUGGUUGAUGCUCUACCUCAGAGCUGAUGCAACUAAAGGAUACUCUGGAGGGUACCAUUAUGAGACAAGAGGAAUGCUCAAAACUCUCCCACAAUCCGCUGAUUUUAAAGUCAGAAUAACUUUGGAUGUGAAACAAGGAGGAGGAAGCAAGAGUCAGUUCUACCUCAUAGAUAUUGGCAGCUGCUGGAAGAACAAUGGUAAGCCUUGUGAUGGAGAUGUGACCACAGACGUUACAAGAUACAGUGAGAUGAUCAUCAACCCUGAUACUGCAGCUUGGUGCAGCGCGGAUCAUUUGAUUAACUGUCCACCAUGGCAUAUUACUCCAGACAACAAAAAGAUUUACAGGAAUGACACUAAGAAUUUCCCAUAUGGGGCUUAUCACUAUUACUGUGGUCCUGGCAAUGGUAAAUACUUGGAGAAACCUGUUAGCAUAUGUGAUCCUUAUAGCAAUCCGCAGGCACAAGAACUAGUUCAGUUGCUGCCUCACCCCAUAUGGGGUGAAUAUGGCUACCCAACCAAACCGGGUGAUGGAUGGAUUGGGGAUCCAAGAACUUGGACGCUUGACACCGGCGGUCUAGCCAGUAGACUCUACUUCUAUCAGGAUCCAGAUACCCCUCCUGCUAAAAGAAUAUGGACGUCUAUCGACAUGGGUACAGAAAUUUUUGUCAGUGACAACGACGAAGUGGCAGAAUGGGACAUCAGUGACUUCGACGUUCUUCUCACAUGAUUCUUGAUUCAAGUCUUUCACCUUUCGGUUCCAUUUAUUUUCAUUAUUUUUAGCUGAUUAGAAAUAGCACAAGAAAGAAACAGGGUAAAGUAGGAGCAUUUCUGAUACCGAUUCUUUUAAGAGUGCAAGGAUAUAGGACGCAACCAAGUUCCAAGGGCAUGCUUUCCUAAUCCUUGAAAUAUAGUCAUUUCGUUACCUUGUCGAAUCACCAUGUCAUCAGAUUCCAGGUUUCAUAGUCAAUAAUUUAUUAACUGCAUAUUUUUUGACUGAUUUGAAAUGAUUUUGAGGUUGAGUUUUGCUUAA